CUUGGCCCCGCCCCCUCCCACCACCCCGGGCUGCCUGCGCCUGUCACCUCUCCCGGAGCCCAGAUGAGACAGUGGAGGCAGCGGUGGCAGGGGCUGCGGGAGCAAGGGACCAGGAGCAGGACUGGGGACAGGCCUGAUCGACCCUGCGCCAACCAGACCCUUCAUCACCCUCCCGAUGACUACCUCUCCUACCCUGCAGCUGCUGCUGCGGCUCUUGCUGUGGGGGCUGCUGCUACGGAGGGCGGAGACAGGCUCCGAGAGGCAGACGGCGGGGGAGUUAUACCAGCGCUGGAAACGGUACCGCAAGGAGUGCCAGGAGACCCUGGCAGCCGCGGAACCGCCCUCAGGCCUCUCCUGUAACGGGUCCUUCGAUAUGUACGUCUGCUGGGACUAUGCUGCACCUAACGCCACUGCCCGUGCGUCCUGCCCCUGGUACCUGCCCUGGUACCGCCACGUGGCUGAAGGUGUCGUCCUCCGCCAGUGUGGCAGUGAUGGCCAGUGGGGACUUUGGAGAGAUCAUACACAAUGUGAGAACCCAGACAAGAAUGAGGCCUUUCUGGACCAAAGGCUCAUCUUGGAGCGGCUACAGGUCAUGUACACUGUCGGCUACUCCCUGUCUCUCACCACACUGCUGCUAGCCCUGCUCAUCUUGACUUUGUUCAGGCGGCUGCAUUGCACUAGAAACUACAUCCACAUCAACCUGUUUGCGUCUUUCAUGCUGCGAGCGGCGGCUAUUCUCAGCCGAGAUCGUCUACUGCCUCAACCCGGCCCCUACCCUGGGGACCAGGCCCCUGCACUGUGGAACCAGGCCCUCGCUGCCUGCCGCACGGCUCAGAUCGUGACCCAGUACUGCGUGGGUGCCAACUACACGUGGCUGUUGGUGGAGGGAGUCUACCUGCACAGUCUCCUGGUGCUCGUGGGCGGCUCCGAGGGGGGCCACUUCCGCUGCUACCUGCUCCUCGGCUGGGGGGCCCCCGCGCUUUUCGUCAUUCCCUGGGUGAUCGUCAGGUACCUGUACGAGAACACGCAGUGCUGGGAGCGCAAUGAAGUCAAGGCCAUUUGGUGGAUCAUACGGACCCCCAUUCUCAUGACCAUCUUGGUAGGAUUGGUCCCACCUCCACCAGGCUGUCCUCAGGGAUUUCCCAUUCUGGGAAGUGGGGUGCCACCUCCUGCCCCUCCAGAACGGGAUCGUGGCUGGCUCAGCCCCUAUCUCUCCCCACAGAUUAAUUUCCUCAUUUUUAUCCGCAUUCUUGGUAUACUCCUGUCCAAGCUGAGGACAAGGCAAAUGCGCUGCCGGGAUUACCGGCUGAGGCUGGCUCGCUCCACGCUAACGCUGGUGCCCCUACUGGGUGUCCACGAGGUGGUGUUUGCUCCCGUGACCGAGGAACAGGCCCAGGGAGCCCUGCGCUUCGCCAAGCUCGGCUUUGAGAUCUUCCUCAGCUCCUUCCAGGGCUUCCUGGUCAGCGUCCUCUACUGCUUCAUCAACAAGGAGGUGCAGUCGGAGAUCCGCCGUGGCUGGCACCACUGCCGCCUGCGACGCAGCCUGGGCGAGGAGCAGCGCCACCUCCCGGAGUGCGUCUCCCGGGCCCUGCGCUCCGGCUCCGGCCCCAUAGAGGUUCCUACCGGCCGCGCCUUGUCCUUGGGGACCCUCCCAGGGCCCAGGAAUGAGGCCAGCCGGGUGUUAGAAAGUUACUGCUAGGGGGCCGGAUCCCUGUAUCUGUUCAGUUAGCACGGAUUGAUUGAGUGCCUACUGCGUGCCAGGCCCAGUAUGGAGGACGCUGGGGGAACGGUGAAGGAAACGGAAAAAAGGUCCCUGCCCUCCUGGAGAUGACAACUUAAUGGGGAAAACAGACCGUGAACACAAAACACCGAGUUCCACACAUGCUGUGGCAUGGUUAUGAAGGGAAGUGAGAAGGGGGCCUAGAGGGGUCUGGGAGGCCCUCUCCAAGGAGGUGACAUUUAAGCCACGCCAGAAAGAGGUGAAGGAGAUCACUUUGGGAAGAGGUGGAGAACGGGAUUCUAGGCUGAAGCAACAGCAUAUGUGAAGGCUCUAGGGCAGGAAGGUGCCCAGCCUCGGCUGGAGUAGAAUUAAGUCAGAGCCAACAGAUGGGGAGAGAGAAGUGGGCAAGGGGCACACAAGUUGGGAUUUUAUUUCAGAUGCACUGGAUAUUCUUAGGAGUGUCUCUUGGAGGUAAUAUUUUAUUUAUUUAUUUAUUUUUUAAGAUGGGGUUUCACCCUGAUGGCCGGGCUGGUCUUGAACUCCUGACCUCAGGUGAUCUACCCACCUCGGCCUCCCAAAGUGCUGGGAUUACAGGCGUGAGCCACCGCGGCCGGCCUUUUAUUUUAUUUUAAUUAUUAUUUUGUCUGAGACAGAGUCUCACCCCUUCACCCAGGCUGGAGUGCCAUGACCCAAUAUUGGCUCACUGCAAACCUCCACCUCCCAGGUUCAAGAAAUUCUCCUGCUCAGCCUGCCAAGUAGCUGGGAUUACUGGCACACACCACCAUGCCCAACUAAUUUUUUAGUAGAGAUGGGGUUUCACCAUGCUGUCCAGGCUUGGUCUCGAACUCCUGACCUCAUGAUCCACUCACCUCGGCCUCCCAAAGUGCUGGGAUUACAAGUGUGAGUCACCAGGCCUUUAUUUUUUUAAAAAUUGGACAGGAUCUCACUGUUACCCAGGUCGGUCUUGAAUUCCUGGCUCAAGCAAUCCUACCACAUAGGUCUCCCAAAGUGCUGGGAUUAUAGGUGUGAGCCACUGUGCCUGGCUCCAAAUAAUGUUUUUUCUUUUUUUCCUUUUGUGACAGAGUCUCACUCUGUCACUUAGUGUGGAGUACAGUGGUGCGAUCCUGGCUCACUGCAGCCCCCCACCUCCCAUGUUCAAGCCUCUGAGUAUCUGGGAUUACAGGUACCCACCACCACGCCUGGCUAAUUUUUGUAUUUUCAGUAGAGAUGGGGUUUCCCCGUUAGCCAGGCUGGUCUCAAACCCCUGACCUCAAGUGAUCUGCCUGCCUCAGCCUCCCAAAUUGCUGGGAUUAUAGGCAUGAGCCACUGCACCUGGCCCUAAUGGGCUGUUUUAAACAGAGCCCUCUUGUCUGCACUGUAGUGGGACAGAUUAUCAGGGGUAGGGGUGGAAGCUGGAGCCCAGCAAGGAGGGGGACUGCAGGUGGGAAGUGACGGUGGCUGGACCAGGAUGGAGGCACUGAAGGGUAUGCAGUCAGAUUUGAAGCUGUUUCAAAGGUAGAGAUGAGAGGAUUUCAUGAUGGAUCACGUGAGGACACAGCAGCAGAGCACUCCUUGGUUUGGGAUGGUGGAGAGAGGAAAGACAGGGAGACUGGGUUUGGGGUGGGGAGAACUAUGUGUGCUCUUUGGAAAUGUUAGACCGGCGGUGUUUGUAAGAUACUGCAGGACAGGACACUGAGUGUAAGGGUCUGGGGCUCUCAGGAGAGGGGCGAGCCGGAGAUAGUAACAUGAGAGGCACUGGGUCCAAGAGGGGGAUUUGGUGUGGACAGGAGCACAGGUGAAGCAAGGCAGGCCUUGCAGCUGAAACCUUACUUCCAGAGUAGCCAGGGUCAGUACUGGCUGCAGAGUGAGGACGCAUAUCCCCACCGUCCUGACAAUGGCGGCCCGUGGGACCUGGGAGAAUGAGGGGGCAUGCUGACAGUCUCACCGUGGCUGGACCACCUGUAUAUACACCCACAAGACCCUCAGCCCUAAAUCCUCCCCCUACCCAUACGCAAACUGUGUGGGUGUUUCUGAGCAUUUUCCCUGGACAUAUGUGCCCCAAAGCUGAACUCAGCCUCAAGCUUGUGGCCUUGCUGCCCUCCUCCCCUUCCCACUGCUGUCCCCUUCCCCUUCCCCCCACCUUGUGGAUUCUCAUGGGGUGGGACACGCCUUAGGACACCGCCCUUGUAAAUAAAGUAUA